AUGCCCCAGGGAGUCACCAACGCACCAAGUACCUUCCAAAGGCUCAUGGAGAAAUGUAUGGGAGAACUGAACUUGAAAGAGGUCCUUGUUUUUAUCGAUGAUCUGAUCGUCUUUGCGCCCACUCUUGAGGAGCACGAAGAACGGCUGAUGAAAGUCUUGAACAGGCUGAAGGAAUACGGACUGAAACUCUCGGUCGAGAAAUGUAUGUUCUUCCAGACCUCUGUAAAGUAUCUCGGCCACGUCGUAUCUCAAGAGGGUGUGCAGACCGACCCCGAUAAAAUAAAAACACUUACCACAUGGCCAGUCCCAACCAACUUGAAGGAAUUGCGAUCCUUCCUUGGGUUUUCCGGGUAUUACCGUCGCUUCAUUGAGGGAUACUCGGCCAUCACAAAACCACUGCAUGAUCUCACCGCUGGUUAUCCUCCGGCCCAGAAGAGGUUUGCUGGAAAGCCAUCUGUCCCCAUUGCCAAGUCGCCUGUCUCAUCUACGAUCCCUGCUCCAUUCCAAACCUGCGUCCCUGAAAUCCCUCAUGGACCCGAGGCAGACGAGUCUGUGGAGGAUAGUGGUGAACCAGUAGAUGACGUGAUGGCUGCAGGCACUGAAGAUGACACCCCAUCCGACUUCGAAGAAAGUGAUGAUGCUGACGACUCACCGACGAUGGCAGUGACUGACGUCUUCAUGUCCCUGCCCUGA